GAUCCUCUCCUCCGUGCCUCCGCGGUGUGUGAGAGUACGAAAUAUGCUCUCCCACAACAAAAAGUGCAAAUCUUUGGCUUCUGAGGAAGAAGAUAGUUCCAAAAAUAGUUCCGAACGCUCCAAUUUCGUCGAUGUCUAUGGACCUCAAGGUAAGGCAGAAGUUGUUUUCCAAACGCCUGAAGCUAACUCAACUUUGAAUCUUCAAGAUGUUCAAGGGCUCAUAACUUGGGUGCUUGCUGAAGGAUUCAUGCCAUCAUGGGUUUUUAUUAAGAACAAGCCUCUUAUUCCAAAAGUGGUUAUGCUGUAUGUCCCGGGUCUGGAUGCAGCUUUGUAUUUAUCACAGUCUAAAAGACUUUCUAGUUUCAAAGAAUUCUGCGGCAAUCCAAGACCAGUUUUAGCUCUAAGUUGUGUAUCAGAUGGCAUGCAGACGAUAGAUGCUCUCCUAACUUGCAAGCAGAAAAGAAAGCGAGAUGAAUGUAAUUCAGUGUUGAGGAACUCUAAGCUGGCAUUAGAAAAAGAACAAUGUGGUACUGGUACAGGCAUUCCAUCUCUUGUGGAACUUACGAAAGAUAUACCUUUCCCUGUGACAUAUUACACGCUCACAGGGAAAGAGAUGGAAGACAACGGAUAUUGUCUCAAUCAACCAGGAUUUCUUUGUACUCUACCUGCUCCUUCAGGAUCUUUCUAUGAAAUUUUGGCCCUUGAUUGCGAGAUGUGUAUCACAUGUGAAGGUUUUGAGCUUACAAGAGUGACCCUGGUGGAUACCAGAGGAGAGGUUGUGCUGGAUAAAUUGGUUCGGCCAUUAAACCCUAUCACCGAUUACCUUACCAGGUUUAGUGGAAUCACAUGUGAGAUGUUAACUGGGGUGACAACAAGUCUUAAGGAAAUUCAGGAAGAAUUUUUAAAGCUGGUUUACAGAGAGACCAUCCUAGUUGGGCAUUCCUUGGAGAAUGACUUGUUAGCAUUGAAGAUCUCUCAUAAUUUGGUGAUUGACACUGCAAUAUUAUACAAGCACCCCCGUGGUGCUUCUCAUAAAACUGCUUUAAGAGUCCUUGCCAGGAGAUUUCUUUCCCGGGAGAUACAACAGUCAGGCAAUGGUCAUGACAGUAUUGAGGAUGCAAAAGCUACUAUGGAACUAGCACUUUUAAAGAUUCGCUCUGGACCUGACUUUGGUUCACGUCCAUCAUACAUGCGGGAAAAGCUCCUUACAGUUCUGAGUCAAUGUGGUAAAACUUCUUCUUUCAUUGAUGAUGUCUCCAUAGUGAAGCGAUAUGCCUCUGGGUCAUCCCAUGCAUUUCCUGUCUCUUCUGAUGAUGAAGCUCUAGCAAAGGCCAGAAAGGAGGUGAAGAAUGAACACAUACACUUUGUCUGGACUCAGUUCUCGGAACUGAAUUCCUAUUUCAGAAAACAAGCAGAGGAUGUAGAGAAAGUAAAUGGAAGACUUGCGGAGAUGGUGUCAUUGCUUACAUGUCAAAAGAAGUGUGCCAACAGAAAAGGCACCAAAUGCAGUGUCACACCUGAACUAAAGGGAGUAUUAACUCGCAUAGAUACUAGGAUCCGUAGCCUCUACACCACAUUACCCGCUAAUGCCAUGCUUAUAAUUUGCACUGGCCAUGGAGAUACGGCAAUUGUGCAUAGAAUGAGGAAAAUGCUAUCAGAUCAGAGUGAAACCAAUAUAUGCCGUGAGAAGAUGGUAAAGGUCUUGCAAGAGUUCCAGGCCCAAGCUGAGGUUGCUUUGUGUUUUGUAGGAGUGAAGCAUUGAGUUUUGAGUGUAAAAAUCUGCGGAAGGAAAAUUUGCUCUCAUUAUUUUGUAAUUAAAGCAGUAAUUACUAUAUCAAUGCAGCCGAUAAAUUUUGUUAGAAGUAGGCAUUAAUUCUGUUAUUGGAGAAAAAUAUGUGAAGUUAGCUGUGAAGGAAACAUGUGAUGUACUGUUAGUAUGAACAAGUGCAAAAGUGCGGCUAAUUUGAAAAACUUGUACGCGUAUUGUUUCACUGCCA